AUGCAUUGUCAUAAACCUAAACUAAAACAAUCCAACAAACCCUUUAAAGGGAAAUCGUCCAUACGCAAGAAAUCAAAUCAGAAACUUAAAAAAUGUAAUGAAAGGUUUAUUUCAAAACCACUUUCGGGAAAAAAUAGAGAAAAUCAAAAAAAUCAGUUAAGAAAAAAUAAAAUAAUCUCUAAUAACUUAAGGAAAGAAGAAAAAGCAAGUCAGUUAGGAAUUCCAGUACUAUGUACAAUUGUUCCAUUUAAUUCAUAUUGCAAUUCUAUUUCAGUUCUUAAACUAUUAUCGAACUACAUUUGUCACAAUUAUCCUGGAAACAACUUCGAUAUCGAAUUUCAUUUUCAAAGUAAUCCAAAUGGUGUAUUUACAUUUGAUAUAGGCAAGUACAAGUUAUCUAUAUGUAUUGCAAAGUAUAACGAAAUUCUUGAGACAUUAGAUCUAAUCAAAUGUUCAGACUUUAUUAUGGCUUUAUUUGGAUAUAAUGAAGAAUUUCGGGCAUUCGACGAAGUUGGAUAUAAAUUGCUCAAAUCGAUUAAACUCCAAGGUCAAACUAACACAAUAGGAGUUUUUUCUUGCAAUGAAACUUAUUAUUUCGGUAGUAAAAUUUUGGAUUGCGAAAAAGUGUUUAGGAAAUCCUUUGAGAUGGAAUUUGAGAAGAAUAUGAAAUUUUUUUCUUUGCAAAAGGAAAAUGAUAUUCGAAAUUUACUAUCUUCAAUUCCUAUUAUGGGUUAUUCCAAACUAUGCCUAAGGGAUGGAAGGGGUUAUUUACUUUCAGAGUCAUCAAGCAUCGGAGUCUGUAAUCAUUCUAAUGAAAUAAAAAGACAGUUGAUUAUCAAAGGCUAUGUGCGUGGAGUAGGAUUAUCCAUCAAUUUUCCUGUCCAUAUAACCAAUAUCGGUGAUUUUGUUAUUGAUGAAGUUAAUCCUAUCGAUAAUCCUUCGUUUAAUUCGAUUACUGUACUUUCAAGCCGUGAUUUUCAUAUUAAAUUAAAUAACAAAAACAGUGAAAUUUUAAAUAAGGAAAUUAUUGGAGUUGCUGGAAUAGAAAAGUCUCCAGCUAUUGACAGCUCGUGUGAAAAUUCCAUCUUAUAUGGCAAAUCUAUGGAAAUUGACUCCCCUAAUAACUUAAUAGUUAGAGACAUGGAACACAACGAAUACAAUGUAGAUUUAGAAUCGGACACCAACAUUACAAAUGAAGCUCUAACUGAUGGCUCUGAAGAUGAAUGCGAAAUUUUAACAGAUGAAAAAAGAGUUGAAUCAGAUACUAUUUGUUGUACUCGUUUUAAAAAAUAUCGAGGGCUAGAAUCACUCAGGACUUCUAAAUGGGAUCCAUUUGAAAAUCUUCCUAACGAAUACUCCAGAAUAUUUGAAAUAGACUCAUUUAAGAAGACAGGAGAAAUCUCUAGAAAAAUCUACCUUGAUAGCUGCAACCAAGAAAAUUUAAGAGGCAAAUAUUGUGAAUUCAAGUUGUCCCCUGUCUCUUCAGAAGCUCAAAAAGCAUUAACAGAUGAAAAUAUUUCGAGUCGGGUAAUAAUACUAUCAUCGAUUUUACCAUUUGAGAGAAAAGUGGGAGUUAUGAAUUUUAGAGUCAAAAGGACUGCUGAGAACAUUGAUUUAAUCAAGAACAAAACACCAUUAGUUUUACAGGCAGGUUUUAGGAGAUUUUAUAUUUGUCCCAUAAUAAGUAAUUGCCCUCGUAUUUCAUCCGCAACUAUGAUAGAAAGAAGUCAAAUAUUGAAACAAUGCAAAAUUUUUCUACAUGGAGAUCAUUACGUUAUUUCAUGUUAUAGUACAAUCAUCUUCCCGCCCUGUCCAAUUUUACUUUUUUCAUUAAAAGACAUAAAUCCAGACACUCGUAACAGCAUUACUUAUAAAAACUUCAAGCCAAAUGAUUUAGUAAUAAAUGAUUGGCCGCUUGCAUGGGGUGAUAUAAUUGACGCAGACCCAUACCGUGUUAUUGUUAAAAGAAUAGUGUUAAUAGGCAGCCUAUUUAAAGUUAGAAAAUCUAAAGGUGUUGUUAGAAAUAUGUUUAAUAACCCUGAAGAUGUCAAAUGGUUCAAAUCCGUUGGACUAAGAACUAGGAGCGGUAUUAGAGGAGUUAUCAAAGAACCUUUGGGGAUGCAUGGGUAUAUGAAGUGCUUGUUUAGCAAGCCAAUACAACAAAACGAGGUAGUUGGAAUGCCCCUUUAUAAACGAGUGUUUCCUAAAUGGUUUCCGAUUACAUGGUUUGAAGAUAAUAAAAUCAGAAUAAAUUAA